UCUGCAGCCGACGAACCCCCCCAGCCACCGCCACCCAUUUUUGGCCGGAAAUCCGGCAAAGCUUGGGGAUUUCUCCCUAUUUUCUUGUCUUAGAACACCUGUUGAACCCAGAAAAUCCCAAAUCUGCGUCUUCCUCCCUCUGUUGUCCGUCGGCUGCUAUGUGGGUGUGAGGUUUUUGGGCUUUUCUGGUAAGAUUUAGCCAUGAAUCCCUCUCUUCAACUUUGAUUUAGGCUGGGUUUGGUUUAAUUGCUUUUGUUCCUUCCAAUUUUUGGGUAGCCGCAAGUUCCCCUGCAGAAUUUCUUCUUCUCUGCCGUCGGCUUCACCCCCCCUUACUAGGCUCGGUUUUGCUUGCUAAAUUCUGUGGGAGUUGUAAACACUGGCACUAUUACUGACGCCUACCAGUGGGAGUUUGUAAACACUGGUACCAUUACUGACGCCUGCCAGUGGGAGUUUGUAAACACUGGCCAUGACUUAUAGAUGAGACUACUGAACUGAGUUUUCUUCUGCAUGUAACGGAAGCGAAACCGAGGACGGGGAAACCGAGGGGAGUGACGAAUUAGAAGGCUAGCCAUUCAAUUGGGGUAUAAGUUUUAGAUUUUAUCAUCCUUUUGUAAGGUUGAUUUUAUUCAUGAGAUUUUGUGAUUUGGAUAAGUUCCGAGCCUUGUGCACUUGUGGGACUCGUCUCACGAGUGCACGGCGUCUGCCACGUCCCUGGAUUUGGGUUCUGGGGCGUGACAGCUAUAACCAAGGAAAAUCAGUAUACAAAAAAAUGAUUUAGCAGUUCACAUUUAUGUCAAACAUGUGUAGCUAACGACUUAAGUCCAAAAAGGAUCUAAGUCCAAAAUACUGACUAGCUGUCUAGCUCGUCACUCCCCCUGGUUAACCGUGCCUCGGAUCUCACUACUUGAAAUGGUGGACAAGGAAAACUAUGAGAUAAAAUAUCUCAGUAAGUAAAAAUAUGGGUAGCCGGUGAGUAAAAUUUAAGCAUGCAUGAUAAACAGUUUAACAUAACAAAACGUUCAAUGAUAAACAGUUAAUGUAGGAUAAGCUUCAGUAGUAGUCACCUCUAUAAGUCAUGGCCAGUGUUUAACUCUCACUGGCAAACGUCAGUAAUAACCAAUGUAUUGUCCCAUUAGCAGGAUUUCAGUAAUGAACCGGUCCUAUCGGUAAACAUGUCGACAUGUGCUAGCGUUUACAAACCUCCCACUAGUGGGCACAGUAAAACAUGACCAUAUUGGAGACAAAAUCAUGCAGGAUUUACAAGAAAAAUCCGUAAUUCGCAAUCAAUCUCAAAUUCCAAG